CUCCACUACAUCUUUAAUACAGCGCAAUUGUACAUAAUGUUUCGCGCACGCUACUUGUUGAACCGCACGCCAUUUAAUGUAGCACCUCGCUCCUGUCGACACUCCUGCGCCCCAUUCACACCCCUCGAGCUCCCGCUGCAAUCGAAAUUCCGGUGGUCGUACCUCUGGUAUGGCACGGUUCUUUCCCUAGGGGUAGUAACAGGCCUUGGGGCACGACACUUCGCAGCGCCGCUUGGCCUGACCGAAUCCGGGUCUCAGGACGAUAUACGCAUACUACAGUCGCUGGACACCGAUAUCGACAAGCUCGACAUAGUAAGAAAGCUCAGGAAGCAAAGCUACAGCGUACAUACGGAUGUGCCGUUAUCAAGCGCGGCAGGUUUAGAAGCGCCAAAAGUAUGGCAGGAGAUAGCGCUAGGCAAGAGUGGGAUGGAGAAGGGUGGAUUGUUAGAUAGUAUGAGUGGGACAAGAGGGCUGGGUGUGCAAAGAGCAUUCUACAACCCCGAGACAAGAGAAAUGGUCGCCGUUGUGUGGAUAGGUGGAGGACUAGCAGGGUGGCCUGGCGUUGCACAUGGCGGUGCGAUUGCGACUAUAUUUGAUGAAGUCAUGGCAAGAAUGGUCAGGGGACCCAACGGCAACAUUGAAGAAGUACAUCGCCCGUCCUCCCUGAAGGUAACUUAUGCAAAACCCACGUACAGCCUGGACUUCUACGUCUUGCGCGCCACCUUCGCGAGACCGACUCCUCCUCAGACCGAGCAUGUACCAGAACCCGAAGCUGAGCCUACAAAGACAUGGCUGUCCUGGCUGUCAUCACAGAAGGAUAUGACAAAGAAGUCAGAGCCUGGUCAGAUGAUUGAGAUCAUUGGCACAUUGGAAAAUGUCAAAGGCGACCUAUGUGUCAGGGCCAAGGGCACAUUCGCUGCACCAGCUCUGGUGGGCUGAGAGAAGAGCUGCCAUCACGACAUAUGACAGGUUAGCUGUAGAGCACCCCAAAUUACAGGCCCAGCGUCGGGAACAGCAGAAACAGCAUCUACAAAAGCUCCUCAGUUGCAGCUUUUGUUGGCACACGUAUUCCUUGUUGACAAAGGAAUUCACUCACUUUCGUGGCGAAGCUGAGCCGUGCACACAGGCUAGUCUCUAAUGUCGACAGACGAGACACCUCUCGGGUCCAAGAGCGUUGUGGGCAUCCAUCUACGGUAAAGGGCUAGGUCUUGAUUGUGCGCAUACGAAUGGAAAUGUGCUGCAUGUUGUGCGUAUCUUGAUGUCCUGAUUGUGCAUGCGCUAGACGUUACGGGGCGCCGGUAGCGUAUUCUGAUCCGCUCUUUGCAUUAGACGGCGCGCUGCAAGCUUCACAGCAACCUCUCAAGCAUGCAGUAGCUACGC